UGACGCCUUAAAAGCAGAAGAGCACAGGAAACCAGGAUCCGAGCACGCACGUACACGCAGGGGAGAGUCCUUAGAGGAAGCGGACUGUGAAAAAUCAACACUUCACUGGAUUCAGGAGUAGCUGCAGUAGCUACAACCUGAGGACGAGGCGCACCCAGUGGAAGGAAGGGCUGACAAAGAGGAGCUCAAAGGGCAAAAUCAACACAGCCUUCAAGUGUUUGUCGAAAAACAAAAGUGGGAAAAGGAGGCAGGGAAAUCUGAGAGCAAGAGAAAUCUAAAUUUAUAGGAGCUGAAGAGGAGAGAAAGCACAAGCAAAGGAGCUGUAGAUUCACCGAGGGGACGUUUGUCUGGGCGCAAGAUGGUGUCUUUGGGACUUGAAGUGGUCGGAGUCGCCCUGGCGGUGCUCGGCUGGGUGCUGAGUGUGGUCAGCUGUGCUCUGCCAAUGUGGAGGGUGUCCGCUUUCAUCGGCGCCAACAUCGUCACGGCCCAGGUGUACUGGGAGGGCCUGUGGAUGAGCUGCGUGUUCCAGAGCACUGGGCAGAUGCAGUGCAAGGUCUACGACUCCAUGCUGGCCCUGCCUCAGGACCUGCAGGCGGCCAGGGCGCUCACCGUCGUUGCCAUCAUCGUGGGCGUGGUGGCCCUGCUCAUCUCCGUAGUUGGAGCAAAGUGCACCAACUGCAUCGAGGACGAGGGGGUUAAAGCCAGGGUGAUGGCCGGUUCUGGGGGGGCGUUCAUCAUAGCAUCUCUGGCCCAGCUAGUGCCUGUUUCCUGGUCGGCACACACCAUCGUGGUCGAGUUCUACAGUCCGCUCAUCCUCUCUGGACAGAAGAUGGAGAUCGGAGCGGCGCUACGUCGAGCCAUCAUGUCGAUGGGCAUGGAGAUCGUGGGCAUCGCCCUAGGAACCAUUGGGUUCAUCAUCACCAUUGUGACGUGCGCCCUGCCGAUGUGGAAGGUGACGGCCUUCAUCGGCGCCAACAUCGUCACGGCUCAGACCAUCUGGGAGGGUUUGUGGAUGACCUGUGUCAUCCAGAGCACCGGCCAGAUGCAGUGCAAGAUCUACGACUCGAUGCUGGCCCUGACUUCGGACCUGCAGGCCUCCAGGGCCAUGAUCAUCAUCUCCAUCAUCCUCGGGGUGCUGGGGGUCCUGAUCUCCAUCGUCGGCGCGAAGUGCACAAACUGCAUCGAAGACGAGGCGUCCAAGUCCAAAGUGAUGAUCAUCUCUGGAAUCUUCUUCAUCCUCGGGGGCCUUCUGGUCCUCAUUCCGGUCUCCUGGUCGGCCAGCGUCAUCGUCACGAAUUUCUACAACCCCCUGAUGGUGGACGCACAGAGGAGGGAGAUGGGGGCAUCUCUCUACAUCGGCUGGGGCGCCGCCGUGCUGCUCCUGAUUGGCGGAGCGAUGCUCUGCACAAGCUGCCCGCCGAAAGAGAAGAAGUACAAGCCCCCCCGCAUGGCGUACACUGCCCCACGCACAGCCAGCGCAGGGUACGAGAGGAAAGACUAUGUUUGAACGGCUCUCAAAUGUUUGUCAAAUUGAUUUCAGAAGUAGUAAAAAAUGUUUGUUGCACAUGAGUGUUUUUUGUUUCCUUAUCUGGGACCACAAGGUGAAUCCCACAAAAGACUCCGACAUGAAGACGUAUCUACACAUAUUGAUCCUUCAGCUUUGCUUUAGGUAGACAUGUUUUUUGUUUUGAGGUGUAUCGUGCUGGAGAUGCUCUAAUGUUGAGCCUUCGGACACGAGAGCCUGGUUUCCUAUUUACUUUAUUCUUUUAAAACAUGUUGUUUCUUUACCAAUGUAAUAUUUAUACUAAAGCUUCUGUGGCAUUAUGUGAAUGUGAAAACUAUCUGCAGCUUGUGUGUGUGGCUAGGUCGUUGGUCGGCCGGUGUCGUGUUUCACUGAAACUUCCAGUUUAAGUUCUGUGUGACAAUGACGAGGAAGAGACAGCUCUCAUUUUACAUGGAUUUGCUUGUGUGAUUGCUUAGUGUGUGUGUGUGUGUGUGUGUGUGUGUGUGUGUGUGUGUGUGUGUGCAUGUGUGUCAAUGUGUGUGUGAGUGUGUGUGUUUUGCAUGUAAUAUUUGCUUAGGUGAGUUUCUGCCGAGACUGAAACUGAAGACGGGUUUGUGUUUUGGCCCAAGGAAACAACUUAAUCUUCUUCCACACACACACUGUUCCAGGUGGCCGUUUGACUUCAUGUGUUUUUUUGUUUGUAUCUGUGAGUUUGUGUAUUUACAUUUCUGUGACAAAAUGUAUUUCAAAAUGUAUUUUAUCAUCAUAUUAUUCAAGUGAGUGUCUGUGUUUCAAAUAGAUUUUUAUCGAUGUGUCUGAAUUUCAAAACUUUUAUAGCUUUUUAUAAUAUUUUAGAUUAUAGACGAUGGCCUAUACAGCCCUGUGUAGGUAAAACAAAGACAAUGUGCGUGUGUGUAUGUGUGUGUGUGUGUGUGUGUGCGUGUGUGAGAGAGAGAGACCCUGAGGGACCAUGACCACAGCUGUUGAGCUGUUGCAGGAUGUGUGUUUCCAGAUCAGCAGGAUGUGUUUUGUUUGCCUAAAGCUCCUCAAACACUGUGCCAUGAUUGUGAUUAAUUGUUUAAAGUUGUGUUUGAAUUCCAAAAUAAAUGUUGUCUCGAGA